AUGGUUCAUGCCAUUUGUAGGAACUACAGGGGAAUCUUUGUAAGCGAUGAAGAUAACCUAAUUUACGAAUGCCGAGUCUUCACUCUGGGUGGUGGUUCUUCUACUACUUGUUCAUGGAGAAGGAUCAAUCCUCCCAGUUAUCCUCUGCGUGACAUGAAUUCUGUCUAUUUGGAUGGAAAGAUAUAUUGGAUUGGUGAUUCUCGACGCUGCAGCAGAUUUUAUCCGCUAAAUGAUUUGAURGUUGUUUUCUUUGAUGUUGGAAAUGAAACGUUUGGAGAUUUUCAACCUCCAACUCUGACUUCUGGCCUCAUGUACUCAAAGUGCUUGGUGGUGUUGAAAGACAAGUUGUGUUUUGUGGAACUCUGUGUGAAUCAGUUAGAUAUAUGGAUGAUGGAAGAUUGCAACAAGCAUACCUGGACCAAAGAGUAUGCCAUCAUCGGCUUGGAGAGGUAUGAUAUUGCUCCGGAGGUACCUAGCCCUUGGAUGUCCAGAUUGAAGUGGACGGCAUUCCCCAUGUACAUUCAAGAGGAAGAUGACAUUGUAUUUUAUAUAUUCCCUCCCACGGAAAUUGUAUCUUAUAAUAUCAAGAAUAACAAGGUGUCUACACUUUUGAGGCUGAGGGGAUGUCCUGCCGGUGAAGGUCAAAUCGUGCAUUUCAGGGAGAGUUUGGUCCGUUUUUGA